AUGUAUGGCUACUGCAAUUUAGAUAAAAAGGAAAAGCAAUGGAGUUGCAUUGAGGAAGUUGGCAACAAAAUAUUGCAGCCUUGGAUUUUAUUAGGUGAUCCGAAUAUACAUCUUAUUACUUCUAAGUCUUCUUCUUCCUCAAGUGAUGGAUGGGCAAAUUCUGUUCUUCAAUCUGCUGGUUUAGAAGACAUUGGUUUUAUUGGUAAGGAACAUACUUGGACAGGCAACAAUUUGGGGACGGGAGCUUUGAAGUUAAAAACUUAUCUCCCAUUCAUUAUCAUUGUGCAUCCAGUUUUUGGUAUUGUUAUACUUGCACCAGUAUAUAGGCUGUUCUUGAUUGAAAUCAUGAUUACGGUGAAGAUGGAUUUGUUGCAUAGUAAUAAGGCUGCCUAUGUCUCUGGAAGACUUAUUAAUGAUAAUACUAUUAUUGCUCAUGAGUUAAUACAUUCCAUGAGAAAGAAAGAAGUAGAAAGUGGUUGGUUGGCUCUCAAAGUGGACAUGAGUAAAGCCUUUGAAAGGCUGGAAUGGAGUUUUAUACUCAAAGUUCUUGAAGGUUUUGGUUUCUCUAAAGAAUGGAUUCAUCUAGUUCAACAGUGCAUCAAUGCCACUUCUUUAUUAGUUCUUCUUAAUGGUUUUCCAUGUGAUGAUUUCAAGCCAAGAAGGGGUAUUAGGCAAGGAGUUCCAUUAUCUCCAUACCUAUGUAUUCUUGCCAUGGAAUGGUUCUCAAGAACUCUUACUGAUGCUCAUCAUUCAAAAGAUAUCAAAGGAAUUAAGGCUGCUAGAAUAGAUCUUCCUAUUAAUCAUCUCUUAUUUGCAUAUGAUUGUCUUAUAUUUACCCAAGAAAAUUUAACUAGUGUGAAUAAUCUCAAGCAAAUUCUGCAUGAUUUUAGUUCUCAAUCUGGUGAAGUCAUUAAUUUUGACAAAUCCUCCAUUUUGUUUAGCAACAAUAUGGAUCCAUAUGUUUGUAAUACUCUCAAGAACAUCCCUGGUGUUAAAUAUAUGGACAAGAAGGAGAAAUAUUUAGGUUCACCACUUCUUAUAGGUAAAUCUAAAUUUAUUUCUUUUGAAGAAGUCAACAUUGCAUUUGAAAGAAGAUUAUCAAGUUGGAAGGGCAUUAAUCUUUGUCAGGUUGGAAGAACAACCAUCGUCAAAGUUGUUCUUAACUCAGUUCCAAUGUACCAGAUGAGCACAUUUAAAAUGUCAAAGAAGCUGAUUAAAAAACUGGAUACCCAACAAAGAAAGUUCUCGUGGGGGUACAAAGAUAAUAAAGUUCCCAAAGAUCCUUCACAUAUGUCCUAUAACUUGGUUAGUGAGUUAAUAUUACUUGAUCCAGCUGCUUGGAAUAUCCCUUUACUUAACUCUCUCUUUUCUUCAGAAGUUGUUGAUAGAAUUAAGUUCAUGAUUAUUUCUCCCCAUGAAGAAGAUGCAGUUAAAUGGAAGCCUACAAGAGAUGGUAACUUCACAGUCAAGAGUGCUUAUAAUAAGUUGGUUGAAAACAGAGUUAAUAACCAAGAUGCUUUGAAUACUAUCCGUAAAAAGACUUGGAAAGAUCUAUGGAGUAUGAAUCUUCCUCACAAAAUAAAGCUGUUCAUCUGGAAAUGUUUAAAAGGCAUUAUACCAACAAAACUAAGGCCAGCUCAGUACAACAGAAAUAUGGAUCUUGAAUGCUCCAUUUGUAAUAAUGAGGAAACAUAUCUUUUUCAUCUUCUUAUUACUUGUACACAUUCAAGAGCAGUUUGCAGGUUAGUCAAUAUUGAUAUUGAUCAGGUUAAGAAUAACUUGCUUCAAUUCAACUCUCCAGGUUCAACAACAUUGAUAAUACUGGAGUUGAAGAUAUGGUCAAAUGGAGGAACACUGUUAUGGUUGGUUGCUGGAUUAUUUGGAAGGAAAGAUGAAAAUAAUUUUAAGUAUAUAAUAUUUGUAGAUGCCUCUUUUAGUCAUCUAAAUUAUGAAUCUGGCAUUGGUAUGGUGCUUUAUUCCGAUGCAGGAUGUGCUGAAGGAAUCAAGUGCACCUAUGCAACUGGAAUAAUGGAUGCGGAAGCUAGUGAAAGUCUGGCUAUACUAGAAGCUCUGAAAUGGAUGGAAAGAUUGAAGUUGGACAACUUUCACUUGAUAUCUGAUGCUGAAGUCAUAUUUGAUUCUAUAACUGCUAAUAAUGUGCAAGUCAACUUACAAGCUUCUAAUAUACAGUUGGACAGUCAUACAAUUGAAGUUAUUGGUUGCACAGUUUGGCAUAUUAGGAAAUCAAAAUGCUUUGAAGUGUUUGAUAAUGUACAGUUUAAUGAAUCAACAUCACUAGCAGUUCAGAAAAUAUUGUCCCACCAAGGUGGAAGUGCUCUGAGCAUUUAA